GUAUUACAAGUUUUGGUAAUUUUAUAUUUUAUUCGAUUUCAAUUUGCCAUAAUAUAGCAUAUAAAAAGUUUGAUCUAAUCUGAACAGUUUAUACCGUUUUUACAAAAAAUAAUCAUGUCUGACUGGGAUACAGUAACCAUUUUAAAGAAAAGAGCUCCUAAAGCUUCUACUAUGAAAAGUGAACAAGCAAUAAAUGCUGCAAGGAGGCAAGGCGUUGCUGUCGAUACACAAUUAAAAUGGGGUGCAUCUAGCAACAAACAGCAUGUAGCUACAAAGAACACUGCCAAACUAGACCGAGAAACUGAAGAACUUAAACAUGAGACUAUCUCACUAGAUGUUGGUAAACUGAUUCAACAAGGUAGACAGGCAAAGGGUCUCAGUCAAAAAGAGCUUGCUACGAAAAUAAAUGAAAAACCUCAAGUCAUCACAGAUUAUGAAGCUGGCAAUGGUAUUCCAAAUAAUACAAUAAUUGGAAAAAUUGAGAGAGUAAUUGGUAUUAAACUUAGAGGAAAAGAUCUAGGCAAACCAAUGGUGCCCCCAGGAAAUAAGAAGAAAUGUUGCCGGGAAAAAUCCAAUAAAGACAUUUUAGAUAUUAGUGCCUCCCACAGUCACAGAGUAUCAAAGUAAUGAAGACGAUGACGACGAUGACUCAUUCCUUACUGAUUCUGAUGACAGCCAAUAAUUAAUAUUUAAUGUUUUAUGUUUUAUUUUCAAAAUAUAGACAUAUACUAUGUAUUUUAUUCUUUUAAUACACGAUUCAUGGCAUCUAAGAAUUAAUACAAACUUUUAAGGUAUUCUGCCCCAGUGUGCGUCGGUAACCCACUGCGAUUUGUAAUCUGCAACAGAAAUUAAAUUACUGCUUAUACGGCACCAAUCAAAUCCUAAAACGAACUUUACAAAUUAGUUUAUACAGAUUGGUUUGGGAUCCGAAGCAGAGUGUUGACAAACCAAUAAAAGGCGCCCAUAAAUGAAUAUCGGCCGAUCGACAUUGGGCUACCAAGACAAAGGAACAUAUAAAAUUAUAAAAUACUUACAGUUUUUUGAAAGGCUUUUAUUUAUGAACCGAUCAUUUAAACAUACUUAUGCAACGACACUUAAU